AUGGAUUCACGUGAUAUUUAUAUCGACCAUGCCGCUUUAGCUCUCAAGACUGCUAAAAGAAAAAUGUGUGAAAUUAAUUUGACCAAUCAAUUAGGUGAAGAUAUUCUUGGACUAUUAAUUGCAUCUGAUGAACUAUUACUUGACGAUUUAUUCAAACAUGUUCAAGAUUUCUUGAUUGAAAAAUGUACCAGUUGGAUCCAACAAAAUUUUAUCCUAGUUCUUCAUUCCGUAUUUCAACUUGCUAGCCAAGAAAAUUUUGAAAGAUUGAAAGAAACGUUAAGUCAAUUCAUUCCACUUAUUCGGUUCGUGGGAAUUUCUUGUGCUGAUUUUUUUGAUAAGGUCCGUCCUUAUAAAGCGGUCUUUCCUCAACAAAUUUACGAAGAGUUUUAUGAAUUUUAUUAUAAAGGUACCAUUUCAAAAUCAACCGCUUUACCAUCUCGCGCAGGAUUACUGAAAUCAACUAUAAUCGAUCCAAAACUUGCAACUAUACUAGCUAAUUGGAUUGAUAAAAAUGAUUCAGCUGUUCAUUCAUUUAAUAAUAAGUUCAAGUUCAAUCUGAUUUAUAUAAAAAGUCGAGAUGGUUCGAAUAUUUCAAAUUUUAAUAAAUUGUGUAACGGACAAGGACCAUUUGUAAUAUUUUUAAAAUCUCGGUCAAAAAAAAUUUAUGGGGGUUAUAAUCCAAUUGGAUAUGCUUCAAGAAUUGGUAAAUGGUUGUCUUCUUCAGACAGUUUUAUCUUUUCUUUUGAAAAUGGUCAAGAUAUACAUAAUAUGAAAAUUGGCAGAUCAAAAAAUACAGCUUAUUCUAUAUAUGAGCAUAAUGAUAAAAAAUUCAUUGAUUUUGGUAGUCAUUUAUUUAAUAACCAUGGUGAACAAACUUUUUUUCUUAGUAACUAUGAGAAUUUUGAUAAUAUUUUUAAUCUUAAUUAUGGCCAAGCUGUUGAUUUGCCUGUUGAAGAAAUUGAAGUCUUUAGUAUUUCUAAGAAAUAA